AUGUUUGUGAUCGCGGUGUUCCUCCUCAUGGUGCAGCAGGUCCUGUCUGCCUAUCUCUGCACAAACAAAACAGAAGUGCAGAAUGAGAUAGUUGACCUUCACAACCACUUCAGGAGGAAUGUCCAACCGGCCGCUCAAGACAUGCUGCAAAUGAGCUGGAGUGACGAGAUAGCGGCUGGAUCUCAGACCUGGGUUGAUGGUUGUACCCUGAGACACGCAGCGCCCUCCACACGUUUACUCGACGGAUACAGGCUUGGGGAGAACAUGUACUUCUCAUCCAGGCCAAACAACUGGAACUCCAUCAUCACAACCUGGUUUAAUGAAGUCGAGAACUUCAAGUACCCCAACGGCUCCACGAACGGCAAAGAGACGAGACACUACACCCAGUUGAUCUGGAACACUUCAUACAAGGUCGGAUGUGCCAUGGCCAAAUGUAACAACUUUCGAUCACCACUCUACUUCUACGGCUGCCGCUACUACCGCGCAGGGAACUUCAAAAAUUGGGGGCCUUACACUGAGGGAAAACCGUGUGGAAUGUGCCCCAACCACUGCGUCAACAAACUCUGCACUAACCCCUGCCCGUACGUAGACGUCUUCACGAACUGCCGCGCUCUGAAGAACUCCAUCGGCAGUUGUAACACUUAUGUCACCAAGAACUGCCCUGCCCUGUGCAUGUGCCCCACGCAGAUCAUCCCUGUGGCCAGAUGA